CGUGACAAGAACCGUAGCUCCAAGUCAGAUCCGUACAUCACUAGCCAUUGAUUACUCAGAAAAAGUAAAGUUAAAGUUAAAGCUGAAGUUGUACAAGCAAAAAUGGCUCUGAAACUACUGGUUGGCCAAAAGAUUAUGAAUGAAGUCGUCCGUAGCAAGACAAAAUCGGACGGCAAACCUGGCACGGAAUGGCGAAUCCUCAUUGUCGACAAGUUGGCCAUGCGUAUGGUUUCGGCAUGUACCAAAAUGCACGAAAUCAGCGCUGAGGGUGUAACCUUGGUAGAAGACAUCAACAAGAAGCGAGAACCUCUGCCAGCAAUCGAAGCGGUAUAUUUGAUCACACCGUCGGAGGAUUCGAUUCGUUUGUUGAUGAGAGAUUUUGAGAAUCCGGCUAAACCAACGUACAAGGCGGCCCAUGUGUUCUUUUCCGAGGCUGUGACCGAAGAGUUGUUCAAUAUACUGAGCAAAGGCACCGUAGUGAAGUUCAUGAAAACGUGCAAAGAGCUGAAUAUUGCAUUCAUUCCAUACGAGGCACAGGUCUAUUCGCUCGACUCGCCUGUCACCUUCCAAUGUGCGUAUUCGCCCGCACUUGCCUCUGCCCGCAGCGGCAACAUGGAGCGCAUUGCCGAACAAAUUGCCACCCUGUGCGCUACUCUCGGAGAAUAUCCGUCCGUACGUUAUCGAAGCGAAUGGGAUGGCAAUGUGGAACUAGCCCAAAUGGUACAGCAAAAGCUGGAUGCGUACAAGGCAGACGAACCGACGAUGGGUGAAGGGCCGGAAAAGGCACGCUCGCAACUGUUAAUUCUCGACCGUGGCUUUGAUUGCGUUUCGCCGCUGCUGCACGAACUAACGCUGCAGGCGAUGGCGUACGAUUUGUUGCCAAUCGUGAACGACGUGUACAAGUUCAUACCGUCACCGAACGCGGCCGAGAAGGAGGUGCUGCUGGAUGAGAAUGACGAUCUAUGGGUAGAUUUGCGCCAUCAGCACAUUGCGGUGGUGUCGCAGAGCGUGACACAGUAUCUGAAAUCCUUCACCGAAUCGAAGCGUUUGACGCAAAGCGAAAAGCAAUCGAUGAAGGAUCUGUCGCAGAUGAUCAAAAAAAUGCCCCAGUACCAGAAGCAGCUGUCGAAGUACUCAACCCAUCUGCAUCUGGCCGAGGACUGCAUGAAAUCGUACCAGGGCUACGUGGAUAAGCUGUGCCGCGUCGAGCAGGAUCUGGCGAUGGGUACCGAUGCAGAGGGUGAGAAGAUUAAGGACCAUAUGCGCAACAUCGUACCAAUUUUGCUGGAUCAGAAUGUGUCCAACUACGAUAAGGUGCGCAUUAUUGCACUAUACGUCAUGAUUAAGAACGGUAUCUCGGAGGAGAACCUCACCAAGCUGGUGACGCAUGCACAGAUCGACCAGAAGGAGCGCGAAAUGAUCAACAACUUGACGCAUCUGGGCAUUAACGUGAUUGCGGACGGUAACCGUAAGAAGCCGUAUACCGUACCGAGGAAGGAACGUAUUAACGAACACACCUACCAAAUGUCCCGCUGGACCCCAGUCAUCAAGGACAUUAUGGAGGAUUCGAUUGACAACAAACUGGACGAACGCCAUUUCCCCUUCCUUGGUGGCAGAAAGAUGGCAGGAUUCCAUGCGCCAACCAGCAGUAGCGCACGUUACGGCCAUUGGCACAAGGAUAAGUCGCAAACGGCGGUUAAGAACGUACCUCGCCUGAUUGUGUUCGUGGUCGGUGGCUGCAGUUACUCGGAGAUUCGUUGCGCGUACGAGGUUACGUCGGCGGUUAAGAACUGGGAGGUGUACAUCGGUUCGUCCCACAUCCUCACGCCGGAAACAUUCCUCAGCGAUCUGGGUUCGCUGAACAAGGAAUAAGAUGGUAGUGUUCAGGAAGGAACCAAUUUUUGAAGCGAUACUACACGCUAUUGCAGGUUUUUUUCCAUUGGCUUUCCUCGUGAUCCUCAGACCGUAUGCUUGUUGCUGUGCUGUUCGACAAAAAAGGCAAAGUAAAGAGAAAGCGUACAGCGUUCAAUUUGUUAUCUGUUAAGCAAGCGAACGAAUGGCUAAACACGGAAAUCUUAUAUAAUGCAUUGGUCUCAACUUGCACACGGGACACACGAACUAUUAUCAAAAGGGGCUUUAUGCUCACGUUAUUGUAAUUGUUUCCAAUAAAGACGAUUGGAAUCUUGCGACGUUCAUAACGGGUGUUGGGGUGUGCCAUACAACCGUAACACAGUUAAAAUUGGGGUACAUUCGCCCAAAUUUCGCACGCUAAACUUCAACGAUCGGUCUGAGGCAUCCAUCUGCUAAUAAUCAAUGAAAGAUUCUAGUUUUUUACCUGUUAGCAUUUUCAUUCAUUUAGAUUACUUAACGCUACAUUCCUUUGCAAAGGAAAACCCGAAUGUGAUUAGUUUAUCGUUUGUUUUUGAGUUAUAAAUUCGCGGUGCAUAGCAAAUGCAUGGCGCGCAUAUUGUUACAUAAUUGUACUACUCCUAAUAUGUUAAUUAAUCAACCAAACCAUUUUGUGAUUGCGGACGCUUCAGCAUGCAGGAAAAAAGAUUCGCAAAAUGUUCUCCUUAUGUGUUGGAUACUAUGUGUAUGCAUAUAAAUAUGGUUUUAAAUCGUUUAUUUUAAAAAUGUGUUUUUAGCAAACUGUGCAGUACGCAAUGAUCUUAGCCAAUUACAUCGAACACAUGUGUGCGUUUUUUUUUAUAUUAAUCGUUUUUAAUAGUUGCUCGUUGCAGUUCAUUGUAUGCUUUUCGGUGAAGUAUUGUGCUUGAAAGUAUUAGAAAAGAGAUAAUUAUUCAAAGCAAUGGAACGCAAAACAGCAAAACCUGCAAGAAAGAGUAACGUGUGCAAGGCAUGAACGAUAGAAGUGAAUCGGCGAACAAAGAUAUUUAAGCGGUCAGCUCUUGAAAAGCAUUAGAUAACUUGAACAAGUUCAUUCAACACACCAUGUCACAUUAGCAUAAAUAUACACCAGAUGAAUAACAACAAAGAAAAUCACAAUUCUCCAAAGCAACUCAGCAAAACAAACAAAUAUAUAGACAUGAAAAGUUCAUAUAUCGUAGCGUGUAGGACGAGCUGGAAAAUGCAAGAGGGCUUACGCUAAAUUAUUAAUUAGUUUUAAAAAUUUCAAACACAUGAUGUUUGCAAACCUUAUUAUCGUAGUUCUCGUUUUGGCACGAGGCAUUUGCAGAGAUGCAAAAGAGAAGGUUAUAAAACGGGCGAAAGCUUCAGCUUAUUGGACACAUUCGAAGAAAAACAACAACAAAACAUGGAAAAUGGAAAAUGUCUUGACCUGUUGGCCAAUUAUUCUAAUAUCGUGCACCUGUAUCGAAUGUUGGUAAAAGGUUAGCAAUCAAAGAGCACAUCCACUCAAAUGAUGCCUGUCGGGUGAACGCCCCUUACCUUGGUGCACGUGCUAUGCAUUUACUUUCAACUUGGACAAUGAAAGUGAAUAAUUGGUUUUCGAAAUCAAUGGAAAAGCAACAGCAAACCAAGACGCUUGAAAUUGCGAUAAAAACACAUAAGUUUAACCAUGGCAUUGCAUUGUUCAGCAUCGUAUCUUCUUGAGAAGUAUCUAGGCGAGUAAAUGAUAAGGUCAACACGUUGUAUAAAAUGAUCAGUUUAAAAAACGUACACAUACAAAGUAAGGCGGAAACCAAACAAACAAAACACACGUUUAACAAACUUACCUAUAUUUAUCUUCUACUCGUAUGGCGUAUGUGGUAACCAGUGUUUCGUGUGAAAACCCCCUGAUAAUAAGGAUCGAACUCUUCAACAGCACCGUUCGCACAAAAUGCUGUGCAACAGGUAGCUGAAAUGAGGCAUGAAACAAAAACACAAUAAAAAAACACUAUACAAUAAUAUGUUCUCUGCUUGUGGCCGUGAACAGCAAACAGCAUACAAACAAAACCGACCUGUACACAUCACUUCUAUCUAUAUCUUCGAGCGUUCAAUUAUUAAACUAAUAGCAUAUUUAACAUACUCUUGUGCAUUUUAGAAGGAUCAACGUAAAGAAAGAAACCGAGGCAAAGUAAAUAUCUCCACAUUAAACAUCAUCUCGUGGAAAAAAAAGGAUCAAUAUUAAUGGCAGUUGCAGAUGAAAGCGUGCAAAAGAGUAGUAAUACACACACAAUCGAAGAAAUAAUAAAAAAAAAAACAAAAGAACAAAUCAAAGUAUUGCUCGUUUUGUGGACAAACGUAAACUGCUCAGACAGAAAAACGUAGCUAAACAACCCCACCAAUUAAAGUAACUUCUUCUGGGAUUAUCGGAGCAUGCUGCUCAAUCGCAGAAAGAGUUUACACCGGACGGUUUCUUUGCGUUGAUUCUUCGUACGAAAACAAAAAAAACAGAAAGAUAAGAAACGUGUAGUUGGCAGCAAAGGCAAGAACGAUAAGAACGUUCUAGGUUGGAAAAUGGCCGAAAGGAUGAAGAGAAAAUUGGCUUGUAUUUUAGUUGUAUUUUGGCUUCCUACCGUUUUCUCCAGUUCCAUAGCAUAGACAAUUACAUUUAAUAAAUAUUUAUCCAAAUGA